AUGACAGCUUCUUCGCUGGAUUAUGAUACGGAUAUUAAGCUGAAAACGCGGUUUCAGGGACAGGUAAAUGAGGAUUUUGAGGGAAAUGAGUGAAAAAUUCGGUUUUCACGUGAAAAAUCAUUCAUUUAUUCAUUUUCAGCUAGAAAAACUAUAAGAAAUGCGAUUUUGAUUGAAAAUCUUAGAUUUUCAACAAAAUUUUGAUAAAAUCUUGAAUUUUCAGCCAGGAAAUCAAGUUUUUAAUGAAAACAGCUGGGAGUUUGCUGAUAAUCCGAUAUUUUCACUGAAAAUCAUUGAAAUUUGCGAUUUUUAACUGAAAAACACUAAAUAUCGAAAUUUUCAACAGAAAAUACUGAAAUUAAUCGGCAAAACUUGAAAUUUGGCUGAAAAUCUGAUUUUCCAGCUAGAAAUCCAAGUUCUGCACUGAAAAUCUUGAAAUUUGGCUGAAAAUCUGAGUUUUUCUGCCCUGAAAGCUGGAAAAUUCGAUAUUUUCACUGAAAAUCCAAUUUUUCAACUGAAAACACUGAAAUUAUUUUGGAAAACUUGAAAUUUGGCUGAAAAUCUGAUUUUUCAUCUAGAAAUCCAAGUUUUUCACUAAAAAUCUUGAAAUUUGGCUGAAAAUCUGAGUUUUUCUGCCCUGAAAGCUGGAAAAUCCGAUAUUUUUGCUGAAAAUCCAAUUUUUCAAUAGAAAAUACUGAAAUUAAUCUGCAAAACUUGAAAUUUGGUUGAAAAUUUUGAAUUUUCAGCCAAGAAAUCAAGUUUUGUUGAAAUUUCAUUGAAAAAUUGCUGAAAAUUGUGUUUUUCCGCCCUGAAAGCUGGAAAAUCCGAUAUUUUCACUGAAAAUCGAAAUUUUCAACUGAAAAUACUGAAAUUAAUCUGCAAAACUUGAAAUUUGGCUGAAAAUCUGAUUUUUCAGCUAGGAAUCCAAGUUUUUCACUAAAAAUCUUGAAUUCUUGCUGAAAAUCGUGUUUUUCUGCCCUGAAAGCUGGAAAUUUCGAUAUUUUUGCUGAAAAUCCAAUUUUUCAACUGAAAAUACUGAAAUUAUUCUGGAAAACUUGAAAUUUGGCUGAAAAUCUGAUUUUUCAGCUAGGAAUCCAAGUUUUCCACUAAAAAUCUUGAAAUUUGGCUGAAAAUCGUGUUUUUCUGCCCUGAAAGCUGGAAAAAUCGAUAUUUUUGCUGAAAAACACUAAAAAUCCAAAUUUUCAACAGAAAAUAAUGAAAUUAAUCUGCAAAACUUGAAAUUUGGCAGAAAAUCUGAUUUUUCAGCUAGGAAUCCAAGUUUUUCACUAAAAAUCUUGAAUUCUUGCUGAAAAUCGUGUUUUUCUGCCCUGAAAGCUGGAAAUUUCGAUAUUUUUGCUGAAAAUCCAAUUUUUCAACUGAAAAUACUGAAAUUAUUCUGGAAAACUUGAAAUUUGGCUGAAAAUCUGAUUUUUCAGCUAGGAAUCCAAGUUUUCCAUUAAAAAUCUUGAAAUUUGGCUGAAAAUCGUGUUUUUCUGCCCUGAAAGCUGGAAAAUUCGAUGUUUUUGCUGAAAAUAGUGAAAUUAUUCUGCAAAACUUGAAAUUUGGCUGAAAAUCUGAUUUUUCAGCUAGAAAUCCAAGUUUUUCACUAAAAAUCUUGAAAUUUGGCUGAAAAUCUGAUUUUCCAGCUAGAAAUCCAAGUUUUUCACUAUAAAUCUUGAAUUUUUCCCGAAAAUCGUGUUUUUCUGCCCUGAAAGCUGAAAAUUUCGAUAUUUUUGCUGAAAAUAGUGAAAUUAAUCUGCAAAACUUGAAAUUUGGCUGAAAAUCUGAUUUUUCAGCUAGAAAUCCAAGUUUUUCACUAAAAAUCUUGAAAUUUGGCUGAAAAUCUGAUUUUCCAGCUAGAAAUCCAAGUUUUUCACUAUAAAUCUUGAAUUUUUCCCGAAAAUCGUGUUUUUCUGCCCUGAAAGCUGAAAAUUUCGAUAUUUUUGCUGAAAAUAGUGAAAUUAUUCUGCAAAACUUGAAAUUUGGCUGAAAAUCUGAUUUUUCAGCUAGAAAUCCAAGUUUUUCACUAAAAAUCUUGAAAUUUGGCUGAAAAUCUGAUUUUCCAGCUAGAAAUCCAAGUUUUUCACUAUAAAUCUUGAAUUUUUCCCGAAAAUCGUGUUUUUCUGCCCUGAAAGCUGAAAAUUUCGAUAUUUUUGCUGAAAAUAGUGAAAUUAUUCUGCAAAACUUGAAAUUUGGCUGAAAAUCUGAUUUUUCAGCUAGAAAUCCAAGUUUUUCACUAAAAAUCUUGAAAUUUGGCUGAAAAACGUGUUUUUCUGCCCUGAAGGCUAAAAAAAUCGAUAUUUUUGCUGAAAACCAUGGAAAAUUGCGAUUUUCAGCCAAAAAAGUUGAAAAUACCAAUUUUUGACCGAAAAACCUUCUCAAAACGCAUUUUCAACCAAAAAAUUAAUUUCAGGUCGUCGUACUGUAUGCUCGUGCUCCUUUAAUCCUCGAAGAUUUCACGGGAAUUUUGAAAGACGCUUGUCAAGUUGCAAAAGAGCAUGAGAUUACUGUAAAAUGGAUUGAUGAGGAUGGUGAGUUGGUAUUUUUGGCGCCAAAAUUCAAAUUUGGCGCCAAAAAAUCCCGAUUUUAAAUUUCAGGUGACCCGAUUUCAAUCGAUUCUCAAAUGGAACUCGAUGAGGCUAUCAAAUGUAUGAAUGUAGGUCAAAUUUUCCCGCCAAAAAAAAUCAAUCAAUAAUCUUACAGGCUCUUCAUGAGGCCGAAUUGAAUAUCCAUGUGUUUUUGGGAAAACCAGAAUUGCCUGGUUUACCGUGUCCAGGAGAAGAUCGUGAGUUUGAAAGCGGGGACUAGGAAAUCACGAUUUGGAAAGUUCGGCCAUGCUGGAAAUUGGGGGGUUUUCGAGUUCAAAAUGGCCUAGAAAAUUGAUUUUUUAGGUUUCUAGGUCGCGGACUAGAUUUUGCAUCGAAAUUUUGUUUCCUGGCCGAGUUUUCGAGCUGAAAAACUAGUCUGUGGCUCAAAUAACCAAAUUGGAGCUGUUUUUUGGUUUUCUAGGCCAUGACCAAGUUCUCCUUGUUGAAAAAUGCCUAAAAACCGGUUUUUCAGUCUCUGGCCGAGUUUUUAAUGUGUAAAACGAGUCCGUGGCCUAGAAAACCAAAAUUCAGGUUUCCUAGGCCAUGACCGAGCUUUUAUUAUUCAAUAGAGCCUAAAGAACCGGUUUUUCAGUUGUUGGCCGAGUUUUCAAGCUGAAAAUCUAGUCCGCGGCCUAGAAAACCCAGAUAUAGCUGUUUUUUGGUUUUCUAGGCCAUGGUGAAUUUUCCUUGUUCGAAAAUGCCUAGAAAUUCGAUUUUUAAGCUCCUGGCCGAGUUUUCAAGCUGAAAAUCUGGUCCGCGGCCUAGAAAACCAAAAUUCAGGUUUCCUAGACCAUGACCGAGUUCUCCUUGUUGAAAAAUGCCUAGAAACCGGUUUUUCAGUUCCUGGCCGAGUUUUCGAGCUGAAAAUCUAGUCCGUGACCUAGAAAACCAAAAUUCCACCAUUUCUAGUCCGCGGCCUAGUUUUCCACCCUCCAAUUUCCUCUUCCAGGUUCGGUUUAUCGUCGCGGUGCUCGUCGCUGGAAGAAAAUCUAUCUCUACAAUGGUCAUCACUUCCAAGCGAAACGUCUCAACAGGUACGGUCUCAUGGCCUAGAAAACCAGGCCGUGGCCUAGAAAACCAAACGCUCGAUUUUCUCUUCCAGACGCAUUCAAUGCUUCAUUUGCCACGAUUAUAUUUGGGGAAUCGGCCGGCAGGGAUUCAGAUGUGCCGAUUGUCGAUUGUGUGUGCAUAAGAAGUGUCAUCGACACGUUCGAACGCAUUGUGGACAUGUGAGGAGUCGGGGGACUAGAAAACCAACCGGGAAAACUAGGCCACCCGUUUUUGAGCGGGGAAAAACGGGGGAUUUUGAGGGGUUUUAGAGCUCUGGGGUGGGAUUUUGGUUUUCUAGGCCAUGACCUAACUUUUCAUGUGAUUAAUGGCCUAGAAAACCAAAUUCUAGUCCACAUACUGGUUUUCUAGGCCAUGGCCUAACUUUCUAUAUAAAAGAACUCGAUUAUGGCCUGGAAAACCAAAUUCUAGUCCACAUACUGGUUUUCUAGGCCAUGACCUAACUUUCUAUAUAAAAGAACUCGGUUGUGACCUAGAAAACCAAAUUCUAGUCCCUGCACUAUUAUUUUUUGGUUUUCUAGGCCAUGGCCUAAUUUUUCCAUCCUGAAAACUCGGCGAUGGCCUAGAUUUGGUUUUCUAGGCCACCGGAUACUUUUUUUUUCUCUUUUCUGGCUCCGCCCCAUUUUUUCAACCUUUGAAAAUGUAGUUUUAACCACAAUUUCUUGGAAAAUCCAAAUUUUUCUGGGAUUUUUUCGAAAAAAUUGGAGAAAAACAUGUUUUGCUUCUGCUUAUUCGCCAAUUUUUGGUUUCAGCCCAGAAAAGUAGGUCUAGAAUUUGGGAAGCCUGAAAUUUGGGCCUGAAAAUAACAUUUUCGGGCUCUACUUUAAGCCUAAGCCUAAGGAAAUCCCAAAAGCCUGAUUUUAGGCCUAGAUUUGGGAAGCCUAAAAAGCCCAACAUUUUAGACCUUAAAUUUCAAGCCUAAGCCUAAAAAAAUCCCCAAAAGCCUCAAAAAGGCCCUAAAAGCCCAUAAACUUAUCCUAACUCCCAAAUUUCUUUCCAGACGCCAGUCGGACCAAUAAUUGGCAACCUGCCAGCUCAAAAUUCGAUCCGUGGAAGCGAUAAAUCGAAAGCGUCUGGAAGUGCCGGUGGAAUGGAUAAUGGAGCAUUUCAGGAGCUCGAAAUUGAGACAAAUCAUAUGGGACAAGUUGGAAAACAGGUAAAAUUAGCCGAAAAUUCGAAAAUUUCAUCAAAAAUGACCCCGGAAACAUGAUUUUUGGACAAAAUCUGCAUUUUUGCGUCUGGUGUUUCGGACACCGUGUUUGCACACAUUUUUGCCAGCUACAGUACCCCCCAUUUUUUUUUGCAGAAUGGCGAAUCGAAAUGGGCGGUUUCGUUGAAGGAUUUCAAGUUGCUUACUGUAAUUGGAAGAGGAUCGUAUGCCAAGGUACAGUACCCCUACAGUACCCCUACAGUACCCCAUAGUACGGUAUUAUUUUGCAGGUUGUACAAGCUGAACACAUCAAUACCAAGCAAAUCUAUGCGAUCAAAAUCAUCAAGAAGGAGAUGUUCACUGAGGAUGAGGCAUGGUUUUGGGGGCGGGGCUUAGAAUAUUGGCUGCCGCAUGGUUUUGGGGGCGGAGCCUAUUUUUUUUUCUCAAGUUGCUCCAAACCUAGGCAAUAUGGAUCUCAAAAUGAUCGUAAUCACCUCAGGAAUCCGAAAAUACCUGCCGCACGGUUUUGUGGGCGGAGCCUAUUUUUUUUCUUCAAAAUUGAGAUAAACCUAGGCAAUAUGGGUCUCAAAAUGAUCGUAAUAACCUCAGGAAUCCGAAAAAUUCAAAAAUAUUCGCGGCAUGGUUUUGUGGGCGGAGCCUUAUUAUUUUUUCUCAAGUUGCUCCAAACCUAGGCAAUAUGGAUCUCAAAAUGAUCGUAAUCACCUCAGGAAUCCGAAAAAAUGAAAAAUACCCGCGGCACGGUUUUGGGGGCGGAGCCUAGUUUAUUUUCUUUAAAAAUGUUCGGAUCCUAGGCAAUAUGGGUCUCAAAAUGAUCGUAAUCACCCCAGGAAUCCGAAAAAAUCAAAAUUACCCGCGGCACGGUUUUGUGGGCGGAGCCUAAUCCAAAUUUGUCUUCCAGGAUAUCGAUUGGGUUCAAACCGAGAAAUCGGUGUUCGAAGCCGCCUCGAAUUAUCCGUUUUUGGUCGGCCUUCACUCCUGCUUCCAGGUUCGGUUUUUGCGGCAUGGUUUUGUGGGCGGAGCCUAAUUUUUUGCCGGAUUUUCAGACCGAAUCUCGUCUAUUUUUUGUGAUUGAGUUUGUGCCUGGCGGAGAUUUGAUGUUCCACAUGCAACAGCAACGAAAAUUGCCGGAAGAUCAUGCGAGGUACUGGAAAUUUUGGCUGAAAAUCUGGAAUUUUCAGUGAAAAAUUCGGAUUUUUCAUCAUUUUUUACCCAAAAUUCAUGCCUUUUUGGCUCCAAAUGUUCAAAAAAUUCAAAAAAUUUCCAGAUUUUAUUCGGGCGAAAUAAUUUUGGCGCUCAAUUUCCUCCACUCUCGUGGAAUCAUCUAUCGAGACCUGAAAUUGGACAAUGUGCUGAUUGAUUCCGAAGGACACAUCAAAUUGACCGAUUAUGGAAUGUGUAAGGUACGGUAGUUUGGGGUUUUGGCGCGAAAAUCGGGAAAUUUGGAGCAUUUUGAGCCAAAAUAGUGAAAAAUUGAAGAAAUUUGACCUAGAAUUGAUUUUCUGCGUCUCUGACUGUCUAACACUCUGCGUCUCUAACCCUCCUUUUCUCUACCCUUCUCUCUUUGUGUCUCUGCAUCUCUAAUAUAUUUUUCUCUCAUUGUCUGCUUCUCUAACCCGCAAUUUCUGAAUUUGUAACACUCUGCGUCUCUAACCCGCUCUUUCGCUACCCUUCUAUCUCUGUGUCUCUGCAUCUCUAACCUUCUCUCUCUAUCUCUCUGCGUCUCUAAUAUAUUUUUCUAUCAUUGUCUGCGUCUCUGACUGUCUAACUGUCUGCUUCUCUAAACCUCCUUUUCUCUGCCCUUCUCUUUAUUUGUCUGCGUCUCUAACCUUCUCUUUCUCUAUUUUUCUCUGUGUCUCUGCAUCUCUAACCUUUUUUCUAUCUCUCUCCAUCCCUUAUAUAUUUUUCUCUAGUUUCUCUAACUCUCUGCGUCUCUAACCUUUUCCCUAUCUCUCUGCGUCUCGAACCUAUUUUUCUCUGAUUGUCUGCGUCUUUAACCUUCUCUUUAUUUGUCUGCUUCUCUAACCCUCAAUUUCUGAAUUUGUAACACUCUGCGUCUGUAACUCGCUAUUUCUCUACCCUUCUCUCUUUGUGUCUCUUCAUCUCUAACCUUCUCUCUAUCUCUCUAUCUCUCUGCGUCUCUAACCUCGAUAUUUCACCGAGAUACUGUAGGUAGAUCAAAUUUUGGCGCCAAAAUGUUUUUUUCUCUGCAGGAAAAUGUGAAUCCGGGCGAUCUGACCUCCACGUUUUGCGGAACUCCCAACUACAUAGCUCCCGAAAUUUUGCGAGGCGAAGACUACGGUUUCAGUGUGGAUUGGUGGGCACUGGGUGUGCUGAUGUGAGUUUUUGGCGGGGAAUUUUGAAAAAUGCUCAAUUUUGAGCUAUUUUUCAUGAAAAAUGGAGCAUUUUGAGGUAUUUUAUGUGAAAAAUCAUGAUUUUUUGAAAAUUGUCCGAGAGAACUACACAGCUUCUCCAAGAGAACUCUACAAAAAAUCAAUUUUCAGGUUCGAAAUGAUGGCCGGUAGAUCACCAUUUGAUAUUGUUGGAAUGCCGACAGGCGAGGAAAACACAGAGGAUUAUUUAUUCCAGGUAGGCCUAAGCCACGCCCACAAAACUGUGCGCUAUUCAAAAAUAAGCCCCGCCCCUUUUUCAGAUCAUUCUCGAGAAACAAAUCCGCAUUCCGCGUUCGCUUUCCGUCAAAGCGGCAGCUGUUCUCAAAGGAUUCCUCAACAAGGAUCCGACUGAAAGAUUGGGAUGUAAAUUUGAUAUUUCGGAAGGGUUGCGUGAUAUGAAGGAACAUCCGUUCUUCAAGGGACAUUUGGAUUGGGAUCAGGUAGGCCACGCCCACUUUUCCAUGCCGCAAAUUUGCGAUUUUUUGAGACCAAACAUGGCUAGGCUCCGCCCACUUUAAAAAAAAAAUAGGAAUUUAAGCCAAAAAAUAGGAAUUUAAGCUCCGCCCACUUUUCUGUGCCCUAAAUUUGCAAAAUUUUUGAUCUAUAGGAAUUUAAGCCACGCCUACUUUUCUGUGCCGCAAAAUUGCGAAAAUUAAGAUCUAUAUGAAUUUAAGCCACGCCCACUUUUCUGUGCCCUAACCCUAUUUUUGCAGCUCGAACAAAAAGCCAUCUCACCACCGUAUCACCCGGCCGUCGAAGAUGAUCGAGAUCUCAAACACUUUGAUCAUCAGGUAAGCUAGAACUACAGUAAUCCUAGAGGUACUGUACCUACAGUAAUCUCUAGAGCUACAGUAGUCAUUUGGAACUUGAGUUCCUUCAGGUCCUACAGUAGUAAUCUGAAAAAAAAAAUACAGUAGCUCCUGAUCUACUCUCAAAUAUAUUUUGAUCUACUUCUACAGUACCCCCCCCCACCCCCCCAUCUACAGUAACCCAAAUAUUUGCAGUUCACCGACGAACCUCCACAAUUAUCGCCGGAUAAUCCGCAUGUCAUCUCAAAAAUCGAUCAAAGCGAGUUCGACGGCUUCGAAUACGUCAAUCCGCUUCAAAUGAGUCGAGAGGAUUCUGUCUAG